CUACAUUAAUUAAAUACAAGAACGUUGCUUGUUUACUUGCCUAUUUCCAUCAAAACCACUUCGUCCAGCCAUGUUGGAUGCGACGAAAGUGCUAGGAAUACUCAAACAAUCAGUUGGAUGAUUUUAACUUGAAAUUUGGAAACGUAAGCUGUAAGAAAAAAAUUAUGUGUGUGAUUUUUGCUUUUUAUAAUAAAGUAUUGUUUCAUUUUAACAAUAAGAGGGUUUAUCAGAAACAAUUUACAUCAAUAGAAACAUAUGCGAGUUAUUGAUUUGUUUUGCCUGGUAUGUGAACACGGAUAUCUUCGUGUACUGGAUACGGCAAACAUUGGCAAACAUGGAGGGUGUUCAAGACGGUGAACACAUGGCGAGCGAAACAAUAUCACGAAUGAAGCAAAUUGUGCAAAGUUCUCUUAUUGAUUCCUUUUCGACGCUGGAAUCAUGUAAGGAGGACUAUCGCGUUAAUGCAGGUGUAACACUGAUACACCAUCUUCAACAAAAGCAACUUGCAAGUGAGAAUGAUGUCCCCUGUCCAGAAAUAACCUAUUCUCUUAAAAAGCUGAUCAGGGGAUUGGCAACUUCCAAUCCUAGUAAAAGAGCCGGUUACUUCUCUGUGCUGGUGGAAAUGCUGAAAUUAUUUUCAUGUAUAACUUUAAAAAAUGUGCUAGAUAUUCUUGAAAAUGAGAUGAAACUUAGUCGUAAUACUUCCAAAAAAGAAAUUACUGAAGUAUUCCAGUGUCAAACUUUGGUACAAGGAGCUUUAAUUCAUUCUGAUUUUAUAUUUAAAGAAUCUGAAAGUGCUCAGACAGAUUUGUUGAGCAAACUUCUUGCUGUGAAUGAGAACAAAAAUAUACUUUUUCCACACGCAUGCUCAUUUUUGGUAGAUUACAUCCAGAAGAUUGAUGCAGAGAAUUUCCAAAAACUACUUUGGCCAUUGUUGAAACCUGAAUUGAGCAAGCCUUGUGAAGAAUAUUCUCUGGACCAUCUUCACCUUUUACUAGUAUCUAAAACACAAUUUCCAGAAGUGAUAAAUAAAAAAUUUCUUGUUCAAGCAUUUGGAAGCAAAGACAUAAUUAACAAAGACUCAGUAAAUCAAAUAUCAAAGAUACUUUUGAAAAUGCCUAUCAAUAUUAAUCAUCCAGUUUAUGAAGUGGCUUGUGAUUAUGUGUGUCGUUUAAACUGUGUUGUUGUUUUCUGGGAAUCAUUUGUCAAAGAAUGUGAACAGCAUCCAAAUGAGCAAAAAGAGGAAGUUCUAUUAAAUUUCUUAGAAUUUCUUCUUCAAGAAAUGUCAGAUAGAAAACAGAUUCCAGAACUUCUGGUGCAUAAAUUCAUGGAAAUAGUUAUUAAAAUAUUUCAAAUGAAAAAAAGUAAAGUUAAAUUAGCUCAGAAAGCUAAUAAGACAUUUGCAAAAAUGUCUAAUCUUUUGACAAAUUCUGAAGUCCCAGAUGAAGUGAGGAUUUCAUUUAUUCAUCGUAUUUUAUUUUAUCCAGGAAAUUUGAUGUUUGAUAAGUUGGCAGGUACAAGAAUUGUGUUGGAAUUAUCAUCUCGUAUGAAAGCGGAGGCAAUUGAAAAAGUUGCAAAAGCUUUCAGGGAUGUAAUAAGUGCACAUAAACCAAAAGUUAAGAAAGAGGGAGAGACUUGCUCAUGGAGUAAGCAAGAAAGAAUAUAUGCUGCUCAGUUAUAUACAAGGUUUCUAUGUCUUCCUAUCAUGGAGGAAAAUAUAAAAUGGAAAUUAAAGCAAUUGAAAUUUUUAAUAUCUUUUGGAUUAAUUGCUUCACCAUCUCGGGAACCAGGAGAUUUUGCAAGCACAGCUGUGUCCAUGCAAGUACGAAAUUGUUUAUUCAGAGCUUUGGAUCAGAAAGUUUCAAAAGAUACCCAGUUAGUAAAGUUAUUGACGUCAGUUGUUUAUCAUCUAAAUGAUAUUUUAUUUGUUCAAGAAAAUCCUUUGAAAUUACGGCAACCUCUUUCAGAUUCUUCUAUUGCAGCUUGGCACAAAAUGAUGGUUGUAGUAAAAGAAAUAGAAAACACACAUGAAACACAAGUGAUUGUGAAAAGAUCUGAUAAACGUAUGUUUCUUAUUCUUUUCCUCCAUAUGGGUUUACAACUAUUUCAAAAUGCUCCUUUGGCAGAGGAAGCUUUGCAGUCAGAAGACAAAAAGCAAACAAACAAAAACAGUGAAGAUAAUGAACCAUACUGGGUUGAAGUUAUUGUUGACCUACUUUUAUCUUUAUUGUCUCACAGUUCGCAUCUGCUGCGUAAUAUUGUUGUAGUAAUUUUUCCUUACUUGUGUUCCCAUCUGACCCCAGCUGCAGUGAAUCAGAUUUUGCAGGUGUUGAAUCCUUAUGCAGGCCCAUUAUCAAAUACUGAUACUGAAGGGGAUGACAGUGAAGACGAAAUCUAUAAAAAUAGUUCUGAUGAAGAAAGUGGUGGUGAAGAAGACGAAGAUGAUGAUGAUGAUGAUGAUGAUGAUGUUGAUGAUGAUCUUGGAAAUGCUCCAGUAGAUUCACAUUUAAAGAUGGCAGUUCACAAUGCUUUGAAGAAAGCUGGUGGAGGAUGCAGUGGUUCAGAUGAGGAAUCUAUAGACAUGGAUCAGAUGACUAAAGAGGAGAGGAAUGGAUUAGAUGCUGCUUUAUCAGAAGCGUUCAAAUUGUUGAAACAUAAUCGGGCAGAUCAAAAACGUUCCAAUAAAAAACAGUCAAAAGAUGAUGAAACACUUAUGCAUUUUCGAGUGAGAGUUGUGGACCUGUUAGAAUUGUAUCUUGUAAAUCAACCUGUUCUAGUUGUUGUGCUGGAUAUUAUUAUACCUUUGUUUGAGUUGCUAGAAUUCUGUAUCAAGGAUAGCCAUCAAAAGCCGUUAGAAAACAGAAUCAGGCACUGCUUAAAGAAGCUAUCCGAAGUGAAACAAUUUUCCAAUAUUGAUGGAGUGAGCCAAAGAUUCAUUGCAGCUAUUUUCCGUCGGUUGCUGCAGAAGGGUGAGAGAGCAGCUGCUGUGUAUCAAAAUAUGGGUGGACCUCUGGUGCAGUGCUCAAUGGAUUCUCUCUUACCUCUGGAUGUGUUCAAAUCAGUAUUGUCUAUGACCUGGAAAGGAUCAUGGAAGCUAACUGAAGAAAUUCUUAGUUAUGCAUUCAAUACAGAUAUUAGGCCAUUCCGACGACAUCAGGCAUUGCAACUACUUGUGGUAUUUUUCUCAAAUUGCAAACUAAUUACAGAGGCUUCACAAAAAAAUCUGAAAACUUUAAAAGUGAUGGAAGAGAAGCUUUCAGAAAACACUGUCCAUAUAUUCGAGACAGUUUUGAAAGUAAAGAAAAGCGAUUCCUCACUAGAAGUGAAAGAAAUAUUUAUUAGAGAGCUCUUGCGAGUUCUGUUUGCAGUUUGGCAAGCACAUAACAAAUGUGAAAAGGAAAAAACUGUGUCUGCAAUGGAUUGGAAUGCUGUGAGGGCAGUAGUAUCUCGUUAUUGGAAAGAAAAAUCUUUUGCAACUGACACAAAAAUUGCAUUGAAAAAACUUGCAAAUGUUUUGCAGAUCAGUUUAAGCAAGAAGAACGUAAUAGCUGAAAAAAGAAAAGCCAACGGUGAACUCCUGACAUUAAAUGAAGAUGCAGAAAGUAAUAAAAGUGAUGUGAAAGAAAAUGGUGACUUUCCGAAUAACUUAGAAGGCAGAGAUGAAGAGAGAUCUAGUAGUGACACUGGUGAUAGAGGCUAUGAAUCAGGAAAUGAUGAGAAAGAUGACAUAGAAGAAACUAUCAAAAAAAGGAAGCGUCCAAAGACAAAUAGUUUAAAGGGAAAGGCUAUUCUUAAGAAGUAUGCAAAAGAAGCACGUCUCACAGCAAUGUCUGAAGGACUUACGAAAAAAUUUAGUUUUGCUGACUUUGAUAUAUCAAGUUAUAAAGAAACAGAGGAUGAAAAGGAAACUGAAUUGAAUAAAAAGAAAAAACGACCAAAGUUAAAUAAUGAAAACUAUCAACACAAUGAUAGUUCUGAACUUCCCAAAAAAACCAAGGUUAAAAGGAAAAAUACUGGUCACACAUUUCCCAAACACAAGAAACACAAAGUUUCCAACUAAUUCUGUUAAAAUGUUUGGGUGCUCUUGUAUGUAUUUCUGUAAUGAGUGUUGUUGUACAGUUUACAACUUGUGCAACAUGAUAAAAAGAAUAAAGAUUUUUUUGCUUUUAUUUGUCAUUUUUUGUUGAAGUGUAUUGUUGUUUAAAUUCUAUACUGAAGUGUUUAUUAAAGCUUCAUCUUUGGUAAAUGUUUUAUUUUAAUAUUCCAUAA